AUGGGAGACAGCCACGGCGCUCCCGUCGCAAGGGCGACUUCGGAUUCCCUCUCCCAAGAGCAAAUUGACAUCGUCAUCGCCCUCGAAAGAGUCGGGGCUUCGUUGUCAUUGGUCGGCGUCACCUUGAUAUUCAUCACCUACUACGCCUUCAAGCGUCUUCGGACAGUCCCCAAUCUCUUCAUCCUUAUGGCUUCAAUCGCGAACGUUGGUGCAAGUGUUGCCUGUGCAAUGGGGUACGACGGCCUUCGUGCCGGCGAAACCUCCGCCUUGUGUCAGCUUCAGGGUUUCCUGCUUGAAAUGUUCAUGCAAUCGGAUCCUUGGUGGUCUUUUGCUAUGGCCAUCAACGUCUUCCUUGUUUUCUUCGCCGGCGCAAACCCUUCUUCAUUCCGCAAACACCUCUGGGUUUACUGUCUUGUCUGUUUCGGCAUUCCUUUGAUUCCUGCUCUCUCUCUUCUUCUUCUCAGGCCCGACGGGCCAGACGACUUGAUCUACGGCGAUUCCACACUUUGGUGCUGGAUCAACAACAAAUGGAGCGUCCUUCGCAUUUACACCUACUACAUACCUAUCUGGUGCUGCAUCUUCGGCUCCUGUGUCAUUUACUUUGCCGUCGGCUACCAUGUAUUCCAUCAACGCAACCAACUCCGAAACUUGACCUUCAGCAACCCGGCUAGAGACAACAAAGACCUCUCGUGCUCGGAUGAACGAGACUCUGCAGAAAAGAAUCUCACAAGUCGCACCGAGUUCUACGGCACCGCUAUGACGGAGAUACAAAUUACUACCGCCACCCCAAGACCUUGGACACCACCAGCGAUCCCUCAAUCGGCAAUGACACCAGACUUGCCCUCCAAUCAGCAAACUCGACACGAGCGCUCAUGGCGCACAAGUGACGAGCAUGAUGCCCCGCCGAGCAGUCCGCAAUUCGAAACGACAUGUACUUCAAGCCCACCUCCACCAGAACCAAGACGCUCAAUCUUCCAUUGCGUUAAUUCCGUCAAUGAGAAGUUCUCGGCUCGUCUCCGAAGCCUCGACCCUGUCAAGCUCGCAUACUUACGGACGAGUUUCAUCUUUGCCAUUUCGGUUUUCGUUACUUGGACGCCGAGCUCCAUCAACCGGGUUUACAACCUCAUCAAGCCUAACGACAUCAGCUUCGGCCUGAGUGUCGCGAGCGCUACGGUUCUACCGCUUCAAGGCGUGUGGAAUGCUGUCAUCUUCUUCAUGACUACCAAGUCUACUUUCAAAGAGGAGUGGGCGGACAUGAGACACCGGCAGCAAGCCCGGCGACUCCACAGCAACUGCGACAGUGGUCUUGGCGGGAGGAGGAUCGAGGUUCUGAGAACCGAACACCAUGACCGAUUCAUAUGCAAUCGAUAUGGUCAUUCCAAAGCCCAUGGGAGCGACCAGACUAGCGAGCUGGAGUUGACAGCACCACCGGCUGUUGGGACCGUUCGUGCCAUGCGGGGGUCGUUUAGUGUAUGA